AUGGCCCUCAGCUUCUUUAGUAGUGGCGGGAGUGCGAGCAGCGCCAAGUACUUCGACAUCAGAUUGAACGACGAAUAUAUCGUGUUUCGGGGUGGUGAACAUGAAGCCGCCAGCGCGCAUCUGCGGGGCACGCUGAUCCUCUGUUUGUCGGAGCCGCUUACAAUUAAACACCUCCGCCUUCAGCUUACGGGCAUGUCUCGUGUUUGCUGGCAUCUUCCGUCUACUUCAGCCUCCGGUGGCCGCAAGUCAUGGCGGGAACGUGUUUUCUACGAUAAGACAUGGCGUUUCCGGGAUCCCGGCAAGGGAAAGACCGAGAUUCUCCCGGCAGGCAACUACGAAUAUCCAUUCGAUGUGGUGCUCGAGGGCUCCAUGCCGGAGAGUGUGGAGGGUCUUACUGAAACGUGGGUGAUGUACCGAUUCAAGGCCGAAAUUGGACGCAAGUACGCCAAAGAUAUUGUGGCUCGCAAGCCGUUGAGAAUUAUUCGCACUCUGGACCCCAGUGCUUUGGAGCUAUCACAUGCAAUGUCAGUGGACAACAUCUGGCCAAACAAGAUCGAGUAUUCCAUCAGUACCCCGACAAAAGCGAUUGUGUUCGGAACCGCCAUUCACGUUGAUUUCAAGUUGAUUCCUCUUCUGAAGGGCCUUCGAAUUGGUCAAAUUACGUCACAGUUGAUCGAAAGUCAUGACCUUACCCUCAAUCCAGAAGACCCCGACUCCAUUCGCAACACCUAUAAGAUCACGCGCACGAUUUUGACCGACGAACAUGAGAUGAACGAGGACAGCAUCGAAAUCAUCGAUGAAGCGGCGGAAGGAUACCACUGCGCACGUGUGCUCGACAUGCCAAAAACAUUGACCCGUUGUCUGCAGGAUACGGACACUAAGGGAAUCAAAGUCCGCCAUAAGCUCAAGUUCCGCAUUCAGCUCCACAACCCCGAUGGGCACAUCAGCGAGCUCCGCGCUACGCUUCCAGUCUCGAUCUUCAUCUCACCACACCUUGCCAUUGACGAAAACAAUAACCUUCUAGAGCAAACCCCUCAGUCGACCCGGAUCGCUGUGGAUGAAUUCGCGCACCAAGCCCCUCCUCUUUACGGCGAGCACACCUUCGAUCAGCUAUACAGCGAGUUAGACCCAAGUGGCUACCGCACACCAGGCCCCGGCAGUGGUCCCGGCACCCCCUUCGGUCCUCUCAGUCGCAACAUGUCGUCCGAGAAUCUUGCUUCGAUGAACGCCCUGACCAACACCGAUAUCUCGGCUUCGGCACUGCACCACCGCCUCACGAACUUGAACGCCAGUGCACGCAAUUUCCCCGCCACAUCCGGCGCAAUGACCCCCGGUAUAGCCACCCCCGGCGAAGGCUUGCACGGAUCUCAAUCUCCAACUGACGGACAUCACACCCACCGCCAACUGGGUGUGCCUAACGAUUACUUUGGGCCUUCUUCCGGAUCCAACUCACACUAUGGCAGUCCAGAACUCUCCCGCCGGCCCUCCGACGAAGUAGAACCCGAUGUGAUUCCUUCGGGCAUGGCCACUCCAUUCCACCCCCAGUACGCCGAAGUGGAAACGCUCAGUCGGGUGCCCAGUUACUCGACCGCAGUGCGCUGCGCUGUGCGACCCCGUGAUUCAGGCCUUCCGGACUAUGACGCUGUCAUUGCCAGCAGUCUCCCGACUAUAUCAGUCCCCCAGUCACCGCAACAGGCUUACCUCCGCAGUGGCCGUGUCAGCGGUGCUGCGACUCCAUUAGAGGUGCAGAAUCGCCCCGGUUAUUUCAACUCUCACGGCACCAAUGCUGAUGAUGAGGAACGCAGGCUUAGACUCGUACAAGCGCGCGCUAGAGCAUGA